CGGCACCAGAAGCAACCUCGCCAGCUCCAGCAGCGCAUAUACCGUCCUCUUUGCGGGCUCUCGUCUCCGAAACAUACCUGCUGGAAGCGCCGCCACCAUGUCGCUCGACCCGCCGGCGUAUCUGGUCACCAUCCAGGCCAACAUUCGCACCCGGCCGAUAUCAUGGGAAGGUGCCAUGCGGGCAAAGACCAUCACCGAGACGGAUCUGCAGAAAAUCAAGUCAAUCGACAAAGUGCGCAAGGAAGACCGCAAGAACAGGGUCGAGGGCGAUGUGCAGAGCUUCGUGUCGCUGCUGCUAGGCGGCAACGGGUCGCACAGCAUCUUCGAGGCGGCAGCGAAACGCCAGGAUAUCGUGCAGUACAUGCUGGUUCUGACUGAGGAUCUCAUAAAUGAUAUCCCCGCUCUGACAGAGGCCCUCAUCCAGCACCCCUCGCCGUUCAAGCCCUUCCUUCCCCUGCUCAAAGCUGGCUCCAAUGCUGAAGACACGAUACCCUUGCUCACUUCCUCGGUCCUCUCCAAGUUCCUGUCUUACGCUCUCGUGCACUCUACAAAGACCACCUCGCAGAUCGACGAAGCCCUACCCCAGCUAUACAACUAUCUCGCCGCGCUCGCUAAGAGCCAGGAUGCGGGUCUCCAAGACAUCGCCGUCCAAGAGUACUCAGCCGUGCUGCGCAACAAGAAGUCGAGACAGUUGUUCUGGGACCAGAGGAAAGAGACGCUCAACCCGCUGGUCGAUAUACUCACAGCAGCAUCUGGCGCUACGAAAGACCAAAUAUCUCUGCGAAGCGGUGCAGCAGGAAGCGUUCGCAGUGUUCCCGAGGGUCUUACGGGCGGAGUUGGAUUGCAGUUACUCUACCAUGUGUUGCUGGUCGUCUGGCAGCUGAGCUUCGAAGGAGAAUUGGUCGGCGACGGACUGCAAGACGAACACGACGUCGUCAUGUUAUACACACACCUUCUCCGUAUCUCGCCUAAGGAGAAAACUACUCGUCUACUCCUGUCAACUCUUCUAAAUCUCCUUACUUCGAACCGACAGACUCUCCUCCCCGCCGCAGUCCUCGCCCGCUUGCCGUCGCUCCUAUCUACCCUCAAGUCCCGCCACUUGACCGACGAUGAUGCGCUUGAAGACCUCAAGUCCCUCACUGAGUUGCUCGAAGAGUACACCACUACACAAACCACCUUCGACGAAUAUGCUGCAGAAAUACGGUCUGGUCACCUGCGCUGGUCCCCACCGCAUCGCAACCCAGACUUUUGGCGCGACAACGCACGUCGCAUUCUCGAAGACAACAAGGGCGAGCUACCACGGAAGUUGGCGGAGAUCCUCUCGAAGCCAUGGGACAACGACAAGCAGGUCUUGGCUAUCGGCUGUAAUGACGUCGCUUGCUUGGUCAAGGAGGUGCCCGAAAAGCGGUAUCAGCUCGAGAAGCUCGGCUUGAAGGGCAGAGUGAUGGCGCUCAUGCAGGAGGCGGACGAGACUGUGCGGUGGGAGAGCUUGAGGGCUGUCGGAGAGUGGCUGCGCUACAGCUUCGAGUCGAAGGACCUGCCAAUUCGAUGAGGUUUGCGAAAUGUUGAUAGCUUGAAAGAGUCUCCCGGAAUAUUAGACUUUCUAAGCUUUGACUUGUAUGUUAUUUCCUGUUAGUACAACCUUGCACGGCGCGCGUCUACAAUACUGCUUCUCAGGACCACUUACAUCAAUUGAACACCAACACCAUGGAUUGCUGCC